AAUCAUGGCGGCCUUUUGAUGUUAUUUACUGAAAGUGAUUCCUAAAUGGCGAAACGAAGAGUUCGAAUCACCUACGCUCCAAAAUCAAGGCGCAGAAGCCGUGAAUCUGAACGAAGUCAGUCAAUUGUGGAAUCAAAUGUACCAAGGAUAAAGGAAACAGAUGUUUUCCCAUCGACUACACUAGUUAGUCAAGAUAAAAAAGAAGAGAGAGAAAGUCGUUCUUCAAGCAAGGAACAUUUAUCUCCACACAGAAAUUUAAAGUCUAAUAAAACUGAAGGUAAAUGUGGAAGGACACCCAAGGGUAAACAGAGAACAAAAAAGAAAGUAUUUAGCAAGAGAGGAAAAGCUUUGAAGGAUAAUGGAACACCACAGCGCAUUCAGGAUAUAACUGUCACAAAGAGAACAUAUGCAAGAUGGAAAUCACUUUGCUUGUCAACAAAAACAUACACUAAACAAGUCAUUGAAAACACUAUUUUGAGUGUUCUGAAUGAUGUUCCGAAUUCCAAGAAGAGAGACAUUCAGUUUCAUUUUAAGCAAAUAUCUGAAAGGACUGCUAGAAGGCUUGACACAAUGAAGGGACCAACCCAAAGGGGAGACUACACCAAAAUGGAAACUGAAUCACAUGAAUUGGAAGAUGCAUUAAUUUCUUGUAAUAAUCAAGCAGAUGUUUUGGAGAAAGAAUUAGAUGACCAGAGAAGGCUAUUAGAACAGGAUGAAGAGAUGUUACAAAGCUACAGUGAUCAACAAAACCAGCAAAACCAACCACAGCUCCAUCCUCUGCUCCAAGUUGAGCCUCAAAACUCCUUAAAUCUACCAAGCUUGGCACAUGCAGAGUGUAAUCCAUCUACAGUGUUCCAGGUAUCCUCCAUGCUGCAAGGCAAUGGACAACGACUAGCUCAAGCACUGGCCAAGUUGACUAAUCGAACAGAAAAACUAGGCUUCAGAAACUGGCUGAGGGCUGUAUCUGAAACAACUCAUGUCUUACACAAUGAAUGAGAAAAUUGAUCCUAAAGUUUUUUGUAUAUUUAUUUUUUUAGAGCGAUAAAAAUUGUUAUGAAGAUGAAAACUUCAGUCUGUAAUAAACUAAUUGCAUUAUAUUAAUCUCUGUGUAAUCACUUGCAGUGUGUAGACAGUACAAUGCUACUCUUAACCAGGAAAUAAGGUCAUCAGUUUAUGCAUCCCUUUAAAGUAUAAUGCUUCACUUUGAUUGACUGUUUUUAAACAGCUGUGAUUGGCUUAUUUUGAUCCCUAUUACAUUGGUGAUUUUUUUUUUCUCAACAGUUUGCUUGUGGUAGCUACACAACCGCUCACAAAAACAUCAGGGAAUGAAAUGAACUUAUCUCAGCUGUGUAAAAACAACCAAUCAUAUCUGGGCAUUGCACUUUAUCAAUAGCAUGUUGUUGACUUUCCAAAAUUACCCCCAAAAGUGGUGUGCAACUGAAACUUGAGACUCACAUCAUAAGUUACCAUCUUGGGUUACAAAUUACAGUGUUGUGUUCUCUUUCACCACAGUGUUGCACGGCAUUUGUUUACAUAUUAAAUUCUGUAACACUCUAAACCUAAUUAUCUUAAUUGACCUAAUUAACUUCUUUGUUCACAAAUGAAUUUGAGUUACAUUUGUACAUGAGAAAUACAUUAUGUCCAUUUUGUAUUUUACCCCAUUUUUUUGUUUUCAUUCAUUUGUUUUAGUUUACUUCUUUAUAUUUCUGUUGUCCCAUUCUAUACCUCCCUGAUGUGUUUGUACACUUCUAUUUUUUGUCAUAAGUGGGCAAUUUAUCCAGUUGAUGGCAAGUUUGCCUUUUUCCCUCACCUGAAAAUUGAGGAAAUGUAUUGUAACACUACUAAAUUUAAACAGAAUUGAACAAAAUGGUUAAUUCUAUCAUAAUAAAGUCAGAGUUAAGUCAAAAGCUAUUACCUCCAACAUAUGUUGCUGGUGUUGAUUGUUGGAAUAUUUAGGUCUCAUAUUAGAUAUGAAGUGAAGAUGGGUGUGGCUCCCAUGGGUGUGGCUCCCAUGCAGGACCAUUUGUUGCAGCUCAGUGGGUAGAGGAGUGUAACACAAAGCAUUCCUUGUUGGAGUUAAAGUCCAGAUCAGAGGAAUUUUUUUAAGCAUUUUCUCUGUACAUAAUGAUGCAUACAUUUCCUAAGAUGAAGUUGUGAAACUUUGGUCAGUGAACCUGGGAUGACUUCAUUAAGAAAGAUUUGGUCAGAGCUGACCCGAUAACAUACAUAGACACAAAAUGAUUGUUCAUUUCAGUUGACCUGGGAUAUUAUUGCCUGGUUGUUUGGUUUUAAAGUCGCCUCACUUGUUCCAGAAGUUUAUGAUGUCUGACAGUUGAAAUUACGAUAUUGCUGUGUGGAGAAGAUUCUUUCUUUGUAAGUAGCCUCAUAGAAGAGUUACAACCAGCAACGACAAGACAACUGAGUCAAGCUGUAAAGUGAUCAAAAGUCUGGACUUCUGUGAACUCAAGCAAUAAUGCUGUGAGAAGAAACCACAAUGAAGAGUUGACAAGAUCAAAGUUUAGGAGACAGAUACAGUAAUACAGGUUUGAACUUGUUAAUUGAAAUAAAGUUUCUCACACCCUCUCCUUGGAUACACUUAGUUGUGGAAGAAAUUGCGUGUAGGAGAGCGAAGUUUGCGUUAAAAGGCGUCGCAUGCAUAAUUUGUGCUUUUAAAAGGGCUAACUAAAAUGUAGAAAAAAAACUUUUGGCAGGAAAAUUUUCUCCUGAAACAAAAAAAAAACUAAGUCUUUUGGCAGGAAAGUUUGUCCAUGGAAAAAAAAGCCUGGGCUUUUGAAUGGUGUCUGGUGUUGAUUGAAAAAUAUACUAAGUCUUUUGGUGAGAAAAAAUCUUGCUUUGAGCAGUGGACUUUCUCCCAUCAAGAGUCGAUUAUGUUUUUUUGUUUUACAAGAGAGGCUAUUCAAAUCUACAGAAAAUUUUUCCCCUCGGCAACCCUCCAUAAGUAAAAAUGAGUAAAAGAGAUAGCCUACAUUUUGACUAGUUUCCAGGCCCUUUUAAAAGCGCAAUACCUUUUUUUGACCAUUUGUAUGAUCAAUAGAAUACAAAGUGGAAAUACAACUCUUAUUUCUUUGUUAGUUCUCUUUAUUAAUAAAUCUCUUCAUUAUAUGUGAAAGUUUACAACAGUAGAUAAGCAUACAUCACAGAGCUAAGUCUGAUAACAAGAACAAAUAACUAGAUGCGAAAGCAUCAAGAAUACUGACAUCGUACGGAAAUUUUCAAAUGUAAAACUUAUGGCACAAUAAAAUGCAAAUUGAUAAA